AUGGGAGCGCGCGACGAAGCCGAGGACAAACCUGACCGGCAUGGCGAUCCAGUUCACUGGCUGGACCUUGGCAGACCUAUCAACUACGUGGCUGGAAUGCUGCCUGAAGGGCUGCGACAUACUUUCGGGCUAGGAGAGGAUUCUGAACAGCAGGUUAAAGUGGAAUUUGUUGAUGAUGAUGAUGAUGAGGAGACGGAUUAG